UCCAAGAUGACGGCGGUGGAAGUAAUAUCCGGCUACAAAUUCUAUGGGAAGGCUAAGGAUCCCAACAAAAAGAUCGUACUGAACCACCUGAACAUGAGCGUUACCCGGGGAUCAAUCUACGGUCUUCUGGGUGCUUCCGGUUGCGGCAAAACGACGCUCCUCUCCUGCAUAGUCGGGCGAAAGUUUCUGAACGAUGGAGAAAUCAACGUGCUGGGCGGAACGCCGGGCACGGCGGGCUCGGGAGUACCGGGACCCCGAAUCGGCUACAUGCCACAGGACAUCGCACUGGUGGAGGAGUUCACGAUCAAAGAAACCAUUUACUACUUCGGUCGGAUAUACGGCAUGUCGAAGGAGAAAAUCCGCGAACGUUACAAACUGCUGAAGCAUCUGCUGGAACUACCGGACGAUGAACGUUACGUUGGGAACUGCAGUGGAGGGCAGCAGCGACGAGUGUCAUUUGCCGCGGCCAUGGUCCACGAGCCGGAGCUGCUCAUCCUGGACGAGCCCACCGUCGGGUUGGAUCCGUUGCUGCGCGAGAAGAUCUGGCAGUACCUGGUGGAGACGACGAGUACAAGCAAAAUGGCUGUGAUUAUAACGACACAUUACAUCGAGGAAGCGAAGCAGGCGGGAUGCAUUGGCCUGAUGAGGAACGGAAUAUUGCUGGCCGAGGACUCACCGGGCAACAUACUGGAGCGCUUUUCCUGCACAUCACUUGAGGAGGCGUUCCUGAACCUCUGCCAAAGGCACGGUCCCUCGGAGGAGGCCGACCGCAACACACACCAGACGCAAGCGCUACGGGCGGUGACGGCGGCACCGGAUGUUAAGAAGACCAUUCCGGCGUUAGCCACCAGCGACAAAAAGCCAGCCGAGGGUGGCGGUGGCGGGGGAGGAGGUUUGUUCGGUGAGAAGCGGAAACCGAUCACCAGCACGAUCAAGCAGCUGGUCAGCUUCACGACCAAGCGGCGCAUGAACGCGCUCCUGUCCAAGAACUUCCUGCAAAUGGUCCGACAGCCGGCUGGAAUGGUUUUUCUGUUCCUGUAUCCGAUCUUUCAACUGGUAAGUUUCUACAUCGCUAUCGGUGGCAACCCAAAGGGCCUACGGCUUGGUAUCGUGAACGAAGAGCUGACCAACAUCCGACAGUGCUUCAACGAAUCGCUCGUCCAUACCUACUACACGGACGACUACGAAUGCGAUCUGUACAAAGUGUCAUGCCGGUUUUUGGAGAAACUCAAUCGGAGCAUUGCAAUACAGGAAUAUUACGACACGUACGAGGAUGCGUAUCGGGAUGCGCGGAAGGGUAAGAUUGUGGGAUUUAUCCACUUUGCGGAAAACUUCACCGAGUCGCUGCAGGACGUUCGCGAUAAUGUGCGGGAGGCGGACGACGGUUCAUUUCUGACGUCCGAGAUCAAGGUGCACCUGGACAAGUCCGACCAGCAGAUAACGUUCUUCCUCGAGAAAAAGCUGCUUCAGACGUACCGGGAGUUUGCCGAGAGUUUAAUGUCCGACUGCCGGCUGAGCACACAGCUGGCCAACAUUCCGAUCACCUUCGAGACGCCCAUUUAUGGCACGUUCGAUGAAGAGUUCACCGACUUCAUGGCACCGGGUGUCGUAAUGACGAUGAUCUUUUUCUUGGCAACGUUGAUCACCGCCACCAUUUUCAUUACCGAUCGACUGGAGGGAGUUUGGGACCGUACGAUCGUUGCAGGCAUCACCGCACUGGAGCUUCUGCUGGCGCACAUUAUCACACAAACGUCCAUCAUGCUCCUCCAGUGUGUGGAAAUUGUGCUGCUCGCAACAUUCCUCUUCGACGCCCAGAACCAGGGCAGUAACAUUACCGUCGUCGGACUGCUGAUGCUCUUGGGCUUUGCGGGAAUGUUAUAUGGUCUCCUUAUAUCGAUCUUCUGCGACGCACAGUCCACAGCUAAUUUCAUGGCCACCGGUAGUUUCUAUCCGAUGAUUAUUCUGUGUGGUAUUCUGUGGCCGUUGGAAGGAAUGCCACAGUAUCUACAGUACGUCGCGUAUUGCUUCCCGUUCACCAUCCCGUCGAUCGCGGUGCGGAACGUUCUAACGAAAGGUUGGAGCAUUACCAAUUCACAGGUCUACAUGGGCUACGGAGCGGUCGGCGUGUGGAUCAUUAGUUUGCUGCUGCUCUGUCUACUGGGGUUAAAAAUUAAGAGAUAAGCACCGACACCCCCGCGGCAGG